AGGAAAACUAUAAUAUUCCCAUUCCCAAGCAAGUCUUAUUUUUAAAAAAGGAUCUGUAAGUUGUGGGUACACUGGCAGUUUAAAGGGGAAAAAAUGUUGCCAUUUGACUAAAAUAAUAGCAAGUUUUGACCUUUUUUAAAGAAAGGUAGGUUCUUCCAGAAACUUGCAGUAUAGGACAGAAGGAUUAAAAAUACAAUGGACACCAAAGUACCAGAGGACCUUCAUUGGCUCCAGUAGGGUUAAUAUAUAUUUAUAUUAUUUCUUCCUUGGGAAUUACUACAUGAAUGGAGAGUUCUGCGUUCUAGCUAGUAGAUUUUUGUCAAUGUUUAGACUGAGCAAGGAACCCUCCCUUCUUGGCGGGGGGGGGGGGUCACAUUUGGAAAUCUAAGAAACUAGCAUGGACAGCACAACAUAGCUCUUUUGCAGAAGAAAAACACAACAAUGGGAUGAAAAAAGCCUCCUCCCCGAAGCACCAGCUAAAACACCCAUGCCCUUAACAAAUGCAACACAGGGACAAAGAGAGGCGACCCCCAAAUUAAAAACAAACCAGACCCUGAUUUAUUUAUUUUUUAAUUGAGAGGGUUAGGAAGGGGAGGCUCAAGGGGGAGUCUGAAGGUACCACGGGGCACAUUGGGCAGUCCAUGUUUUGAGCAAGGACAUGUCCCCAUCCCACAUUUCUAGUGCAUGUGUAUUAAAAACAUUCUCUCUACCCCCUCAACCUCUCAGUGUUUGUAUGAAAUUUUCCAUGAUAUCCUAGUGGUGGGGUAGUCUUUAAAUAGCACACGUAACUGAACAUUUAGGUGUUGUUCUUAUUGGAAGCCCGCUAUUAAAACACUUGGAAGCCAACGUAAAGGGAUGGUAUGACUUCCCUGAUAACCUUUGCAACACAUCCAACUGCCAUGGCUGCUCCUGUGCUGUUCUAUACAGGUUCACUGUAUCAUUCCGAAUGUAGCAGCCCCAGCCUGGUCACCCCACCACAGUCGCCGCUUAACCUGGAGACCUCGUCCUUUGCCAGUAGCCAGUCGCAGAACUCGCUUUCCACCCUGCCCAGGGCACUUUAUGACUGGAUGUCUGAAGUGGAGCAGGAUUUGAGCUUCAAGAAGGAUGACAUUUUGUACGUCAAUGACACUCUGCCGCAGGGGAACUUUGGCUGCUGGAUGGCGUGGCAGCUGGAUGAAAAUGGCCAAAAGCUGGAAAGAGGACAGAUUCCCAGCAAAUACAUGAUGGAGCAGGAGUUCUACAGGAGGCACAGCAUGUCCGAAGCUAAAGAUGAAAACAGCUCUGCAAAGACAUCGUCAGCAGCAGCUCGGAGGUCAUUCUUUAGGAGGAAGCACAAGCACAAACACAGCGGGUCCAAAGAUGGAAAGGAACUGCUAACCCUUGACACCAUCAGCACAGACUCCAUCCCUUUUUUGGAUGAUUCUGUAAACCUUGCUUAUCAACGAGUCCAGAAAGUGGACUGCACAUCUCCCAGGCCUGUGCCUAUUCUAGGGCCAUUACUUGAUGUUGUGAAGGACAUACUAUUCAAGGAAUCUCCAGGAAAAUUUUGCCGGUGUCCUCUAGAGGUGAUGAAAGCUUCUCAACAAGCCAUCGAGCGGGGUGUGAAAGACUGUUUAUUCAUAGAUUAUAAACGUAGGAGUGGACAUUUCGAUGUGACAACUGUUGCCUCAAUAAAGGAGAUAACAGAGAAGGACUGUCACUGCCUCUUGGACAUUGCUCCUCAUGCCAUCGAGCGGCUCCACAGCAUUCAAAUCUACUCAAUCGUCAUUUUUGUCCGUUACAAGAAUGCCAAGCAGAUCAAAGAGCAAAAAGACUUUCUGAGAGACAAAGAUACGCAGAAACAUUCCAAAGAACAGUUUGAGACUGCUCAGAAGAUAGAACAGGAAUAUAACAAGUACUUCACAGGGAUUGUCCAGGGAGGCCCUCUCUCGAUCAUUUGCACUCAGAUCAUGACAACAGUUGAUCAAGAACAAAACAAGGUCCUAUGGAUUCCUUUUUCAUAAGACUGCUGCAAGCAACCUGUUCAGGUUCCCCUACCCCAGUCUUUUUUUUAUCACAUUUAGGUAGUCUAUGUAAUUGGAAGCUUACAUUGCUCAAGCUUUGUUCUUUUGGUGUGUAAUAUAGCCAUAGGAAUUUUUAUUUAAUUAGAAUUGCAAUCUCUAUUAUAGGGAUCUGACAACCUCUAGUGUGGUCCUGUAACUUGUUGGUUUUGCUAUUGUCAAUAAAUGUAAUGUGUGUCUGUUUUGUUUUGUUUUUUAUUUUUUGUUACAAUAUAUUUUCUGAACUAAAAGAAAGUCACUGCAUGAAAAUAAAAAAAGUUAAAGAAACUGAGUAUUGUGUUAAAAUAAAGGUCAAUUUCUAUAACUUGACUUGUAUGGAAGUGUUGCAUAAAUCCUUUUCUGACUCCGUUUUCAGUUUACUACUAUCAACCAGGUUACAGAAUUAAAACAAAUUCACAGACAUUUGUAAUGGUUAUUUUACAGUGAGAUUCCAAAUUGCAUUUUGUUGAUAGAGUUGCAAUUACCCAUGAAGCAUAAUGACUCCAAAAGAAAAUUCAGAGUAAAGCUUGCUUCGUUUUUG